UUCAACACUCAAACUUUCAUACUUAAACAUAACAACAACACAACUUUCUCUGUUUGCUUUCCCAGAACAAGUUCCUCUCUCUUCCUCUUUCUUCAUUUGUAUAAAUUACAAUAAUAAUAAUAAUAAUACAAAAGUAAAUAGAAUAUUCCGCUAAUAUAUAUCUGAAUGCACAUGAAACUUUGAAUGGCCCCGUGAGAGUGCGUGAGAUCUGGUUAGAGCAAUUGGCAGAUGAAGAAAAGAGAAGAAGAAGAGAAGGAUGGGGAAAUUCGAGUGGAGAAGUAAUGAUUAUGGGUGUGUUUGUGAAAAGAGAAUCGCUGCAGUUGUUUGUGAAGAUUGACGUCAAUUGGACUGAUUUUCAGUCGUGGUGACUUGAUUGAAAACCUCAGUUUUUUAUCUCAUGAUCACAGCUGAUAGUUGAAUAUUAUUGGCAUGCUGCUGGCAUACACGGAUGUGCUAUGCGUUUAACUUUUGCGAGUUGCAAGUGUUUUUUUUUAGCAGCUUAGUUUAUAUAUUUGAAGCUGCUAACAUAUUUGUGAUUGUAAGAAAAAUAAUCUAUUGAUAGAGGUAUAGUUAAGUUGUAGGAAUGGAAUUGUCUACGGGUCAUGGACAGUUUUAGCUACUUCAAACGUUACGUUCUGGGUAUCUUAUUCUUUUCAGUAGCUUUAUUGUUGCUGGCAUGAUAUCAAGGAGUAAAAUGGAGGCAGAGAGAUUGAGUCCCAUCCACUCUCCUAGCUUUCUUCGUCAGUCACUUCCUGCUAUCGGACCUAUGCUUUUGAUUUCUACAGGAUAUGUUGACCCUGGAAAGUGGGUAGCGACCGUUGAAGGUGGUGCACGGUUUGGGUUUGAUCUGAUGGCUUUCAUGCUUAUUUUCAAUUUUGCUGCUAUAUUCUGUCAGUACAUAUCUGCAAGGAUUGGCGUAGUUACAGGAAAAAAUCUAGCACAGAUUUGCAGUGACGAGUAUGACACAUGGACAUGUAUGCUCCUCGGAGUUCAAACAGAACUUUCAGUGAUAAUGCUAGACCUUAACAUGAUCUUGGGCAUGGCACAAGGGUUAAAUCUUAUUUUUGGGUGGGACUUGUUCAGUUGUGUCUUUUUAGCUGCUACUGGUGUUGUUUUUCACAUACUUCUUGCAGUCUUACUUGACAUUGAGAAGGCAAAAUUCCUAGGCCAGUUUGUUGCAGGCUUUGUAUUGGUUUCUUUUAUACUUGGAAUGCUGAUCAAUCAACCGGAAAUUCCAUUUUCCAUGAAUGGAAUACUAAUAAGAUUGAGUGGGGAGAGUGCAUUUGUGCUAAUGAGUCUUCUAGGAGCAAAUCUUUUACCUCACAACUUUUACCUGCAUUCCUCUAUUGUACAGUGGCAUCAGGGACCAACAAGCAUUUCAAAGAAUGCUUUGUGUCAUAACCAUUUUUUGGCAAUAUUAUGUGUUUUCAGUGGUCUUUAUCUGGUAAAUAACAUGUUGAUGACUUCCUCCGCAAAUGAGUUCUACAGUACAGGGCAUGUUCUGCUAACUUUCCAGGAUGCAUUGUCACCAAUGGAACAGGUCUUACGUAACCCAAUAGCUCUACUUGGGUUUUUACUCCUUUUGUUUCUUGCAAAUCAAAUCACCGCAUUAAGUUGGAGUUUAGGUGGAGAAGUAGUAGUGCAAGGUUUCUUAAAAUUGGAUAUUCCGGGUUGGCUUCACUAUGCUACAAUUAGAGUGAUUACUGUUUCGCCUGCCCUUUAUUUUGUCUGGAGUUCAGGAGCCGAAGGGAUGUAUCAGCUACUAUUAUUCACUCAAGUUUUGGUAGCUCUACAACUUCCAUCUCUUGUGAUCCCCCUUUUUCGUGUAGCUACAUCUAGAUCAAUAAUGGGUGUACACAAGAUUUCCCAGUUUCUGGAACUUCUGGCAUUGAUCAUAUUCAUUGGGAUGCUUGGCUUGAAUAUUGUAUUUGUGGUAGAAAUGGUGUUUGGAAAUAGUGAUUGGGCGAGUGAUUUGAGAUGGAAUGUGGGGAGUGGUGUAUCUAUCUCAUAUUUAGUUCUUCUAACAACUUCCUUUUCAUCGUUAUGUUUUAUGCUUUGGUUAGCUGCCACACCUUUGAGAUCUGUCAGUGUUCGAUUAGAUUCUAAGACGUGGAACUGGGAUAUGCCAAACACUCUGCCAAAUCCACCAAUUAUUGGCGAGAAGUCUUAUUUAACUGAAACAAGGUGUCGUGAAGAUGCAUCUAUGCAUGUACAGGAACCCACACCAGCUGUAGCAAAGACCUUGGAGUACUCUGACGUAUCAUAUCCAAGUUUUCAUCCUGCUCUACCUAAAUCUGUAAUGGAACCUGAACUCCUCGUGAAUGUUGCAAGGGCGAAUCAUUCUGCUAUGUUGGCUUCCACAUCAGAGUCAGAAGUUGUAACAACUGUGAUUAAUGAGAUUUCCCAUUCUCAAUUGGAAGACACCAAAACUAUAACAAUGGAAACAAAUAACCCAAUUGAGAAAACUAUGGAAGUUGAAGGAGAUUUAAAUGCUGAAAGAGAUGAUGAUGAUGAUGGUGAUUCGUGGGAAGCUGAAGAACCUUCCGGAUUUGCGUUAGCAAAUGUACCAUCUUCAACAUCAGACGGCCCUGCAUCAUUCAAGUGUCUUAAUGGAAAAAGUGAUGAAGGAGGGAAUAGCUUUGGAAGUCUUUCGAGAAUAGAAGGCUUAGGGCGUGCAGCAAGGCGUCAGCUAGCUGCUGUUCUUGAUGAAUUCUGGGGACAAGUUUUUGAUUUCCAUGGCCAUAUAACCCAGGAAGCAAAGGCUAAUAAAAUUGAUCUUUUGCUGGGAGUGAGUGUCGAUUUAAGACCCACCAGUUCUUUGCAAAAAGUGGAUGCAUGUAGAAAGGACUAUUCUGAAUACUCAGGAUCUUUAGGAGGUAGAGUUUCUAACACUUUAGCGAACUCUGAUCUAUAUGAUUCUUCCCAGCAGCCUUUGAUGCAAUGUAAUUCAGAGUCUUCUUAUGGACUUCAAAGGAGUACUUCCUCAAUGCGGCCAGAUCGCAUCCAAUUAUUGGAUGCAUGUGUGCAGAACUCGAGCCACAAUCUCCUUGAUUCUGGUGAGAGGCGCUAUUUCAGUGUACGUAAUCUGCAUUCAUCAGAGACUCGGGAUUAUCAACCAGCUACCAUACAUGGUUAUCAGACUGCAUCUUAUCUUAGUCGACUUGGUAAAGACGGAGAUUCUGCUAACCUAAAUGGUCCAGUGGACUUGUCAUCACUGAAAUCCCCUUCGAUAGUUAAUGCAAAGUACAGGGAUUCUCUUGCAUUUGCUUUGGGUAAAAGGUUGUGUAGUGGUCCAAGUGUAGGCCAACCUCCAGGAUUCCCAAAAUUAGCUACCACUAGUAGAGAUUGCCAAUUACAAUCUGAGAGAUCUUAUUACGAUUUCUGCCCUUCUGGAUCUGUAGAUAAUACAGUCAACUCAGUUAAUACUAAAAAGUACCACAGUUUACCAGACAUAUCAGGAUACUCCAUCCCCUACAGGUCUGUUUAUGUGUCUGAUAAAAAUGCUCCAUGGGAUGGUUCUGUUGGACAUGGAUCUUAUGCUAGUAGGACUAGUUAUGAAAGAUCACCAUAUUCAAAUUCUGGAACAAGAUCAGGGAGUCAUUUGGCCUUCAAUGAACUCUCUUCAUCUAAAGCUUACAACGAGGCAAUCUCUUCGCAGUUGAGCUCUGGUUUUGAUACUGGACCUCUACGGUCUAGACUGCCUUGUGAGCAGUUUGGGCCUGAGAAAAAUAUUAACAUUGUUAUGGAAGGUGUGGGAAAUAGGCCUAAUGCAAUAGUUCAAGAAACUACUUCAUUUGUGGAUAUAGAGAAGAAACUUCUUCUGUCAGUUAGACUUUGCAUUGUGAAGCUCUUAAAAUUGGAGGGUUCUGAGGGGUUGUUUAGAAAGAAUGGUGGAGCUGAUGAAGAUUUGAUUGAUUGUGUGGCCUCGAGGGAGAAGGUUGUUUGUGAAUUUGAAACUAGGGAGAUGAGUCAAGUCAAUCAUGUGGGUGAAGCUCACUAUUGUCUUUAUAGGAAACUUGGUUUUUCUUCGUCUCCAGUUCCUAAUUGCGGGAAGGGAUGUAUAUGGAGAACUGAUCUAAUAAUAAGCUUCGGGGUGUGGUGUAUCCACACUAUUCUUAACCUUACACUUGUGGAAAGCCGGCCGGAGCUUUGGGGGAAAUACACCUAUGUUCUCAAUCGCCUCCAGGGCAUCAUUGAUCCAGCUUUCUUUAAGCCUCGUAGUCCCUUGGCCCCAUGCUUUUGCCUUCAAGUUCUACCCGCGCAUCAGCGAAAGUUAAACCCCCAUCUUUCAAACGAGAUGUUACUCCCAAGUGCAAAACCAAGCCGGGGCAAAUGCACAACUGCAUCAGCGUUGCUUGAGCUUAUCAAGGAUGUGGAGCUUGCGAUCUCUAGCAGGAAAGGACGUACAGGAACUGCUGCAGGUGAUGUUGCUUUCCCUAAGGGGAAGGAAAAUUUGGCGUCUGUUCUCAAACGCUACAAGCGGAGGUUAUCUAACAAGCCAACCGGCACUAAUGAAGGCACAGGUUCACGAAAGACCCCACGUUAGCAUUUGCAUUAACAGAAUCAGUGUAAUUGAGCUGUUUUGUGAUUUACUUUCUAAAGCAGCUCAUGCUAUCAAGAAAUCUUGACCCCUUGUAUCAUUUUCCGUGCUGAUCAUGCAGCAAGUUUAAUCCAAUGUAUAUUACAUGCACCUUGGUUAUACCUUUUUUGCUCGUUUUUUGGUUAAAA